AUGGCCCAAUUCCGCGGAUGGAGGCGUCUGGGGAGUCGGGUGAGAUGGAUUAACGAUGGAAUACGAGCGGACGUUGAAAGAAACUCUUCCGCUAAGCGCUGGACUCCAGAUCUGGCGCGCGGGGCGAGCGGUUCAUGGCGCCACACUAGCGAGAUAAGCGGUUUCACGCAGGCGAGCGGCACAAACCGGCAGUCUGCGCUUCUGUCGCCUGCCCAAGCGGUCAAGCGCUCGUGGGGCGCACAACAUAUGUCGAAUAUGUCAGAAAUGCAUGCCAGUGUUGCACAAACGGUGGAUCUUAGUAAGAAAGAUAUGCCUUCCAAACCGCUUACAUCCGCGCUACAAAACAACAUCGUGGAGAAAGAGAUCCGGUUGCAACGUCAUGAUCGUCCGAUUUUGUACUCCGACCGAUUUUCGCGCCACAUGAUGGCGAGGCUUCAAUGUCUUAGCGUUCGGCGAUGCACGAGGCUGGCAUAUCAAAGCAAGGAAUUCGCACCAAGUCUCCUCCGUACCACACCACCAAACAUCUGGCGAUGGUGCGCACGGGUAGCGACUGAAAUGUGGGUUCAAAACACUCGAAGAAUUCCGAGCAGAGCGUCAUCCGCGGAAGGUCAACAUCCGCAUCUACCAACAUCUUGGUGGCUGACUUUCCUCGAUGAGCGAGACUGGAGGAACGCUAUUUUCUCGGAGUUCUCAGGGGGAAAUCCUUUUGCACUUCGGACCUUCCUGCGCUGUGAUCUGGCAUCCGAAUUUCCAUCGUAGAAGGGGCGGGAGAACGAUGGCCCUUCCUUACUAAAAGGCAAUAUGUGCCCUGGUGGGCAUGAUUUGCAGGUUGUUUACGUGUGUCCAAUGGGGACGGGUGAAGUGUGAUGAGGGACGAAAGGUCCGGCUGAUGAUCUACUGCAUAUCCGCCCGUACCACAACGGGACGGACAGAGAUUCUCGACAGCGCCCAAUGGUUCGAUCGGAUGAAGGAGGCUGUCUCGGUGCAAAUGGUGUUGUUUGCCACUGUUUGAUGAAGUUGGCGUUAAGUGGAAGUAUAAUUGAUCAACACUGGAGGACUGUUAUCCACCCGAAACAUGCACCAGCCCUAGAAAGGUGAAAUUAAGACCCGACUGUUCCAAGACGAUAGCGUUUCUUGCAGACUACGGCGGUCAUGUGUUGUUGGUGCGGCAGAAGAAGGUAAGACAUGCAGCAUGAUACUGUGU